UGUUCGACUGCGUGGUGACAUCACUGAAGAACGUGUUUAACAUCCUGAUAGUCUACAAACUCUUCAUGUUCAUCUUUGCAGUGAUCGCCGUACAGCUCUUCAAGGGCAAGUUUUUCUACUGCACAGACAGCAGCAAGCUCACUAAAAAGGAAUGCAGAGGCCAGUAUGUGGUCUACGAGACUGAGAAUAAAGUGGUUGAUCGCGAGUGGAAACGUUACGACUUUCAUUACGACAACGUCGUCUGGGCCCUGUUGACGCUGUUCACUGUCUCCACCGGAGAGGGCUGGCCUCAGGUCCUGCAGCAUUCGGUGGAUGUGACAGAAGUGGACCAAGGACCCAUUCCAGGCAACAGGAUGGAAAUGUCCAUCUUCUACAUUGUCUAUUUCAUUGUCUUCCCCUUCUUCUUCGUCAAUAUCUUCGUGGCGUUGAUCAUCAUCACAUUCCAAGAGCAGGGAGACAAGAUGCUGGAGGAGAGCAGUCUGGAGAAAAAUGAGAGAGCCUGCAUCGAGUUUGCCAUCAGUGCCAAACCCUUGACAAGGUAUAUGCCACAGAACAGACAGACCUUCCAGUACAGAGUCUGGCACUUUGUGGUGUCCCCCUCUUUCGAGUACACUAUCCUGACUAUGAUAGCACUAAACACCAUCGUCCUCAUGAUGAAG